AUGACUGCUCUCAACUUCCAAGUAGCUUCGCAGGUAGCAGCAACUGCCCCGCCGCCCAUCCCCAAAGCCCAAGCAUGGGGCCGGCAAUUCCCCGCCUCCGAGUCCACUCCAUUACUCGAUAUGUCUCAGGGCGUACCUCGAGCUGCACCGCACUCGUCUGUCCUCGAGUCGCUCAAACAAGCUUCCAGUGAUCCCCAAGCAGCGCGAUACGGUCCUAUCUUGGGCGAACCCGCCCUGCGCGAAGCCUUGGCCUUGGAAACCCGGGUGCUCUAUCGUCUGCCCGAAGAUGGAGAUCAAGUGCAAGCAGAAGAUAUCGGCGUGGUGACGGGGUGCAAUAUGGCUUUUUUGAGCUUGCUGAUGACGCUAUGUCCACCUGGCAAGUCGGAGGUGCUGCUCCCGCUCCCGGCGUACUUUAAUCAAGCCAUGUCGCUCUCUCUCCAAGACGUCAAGCCGGUGUAUAUCCCUUGCGACCCCGAGAACAAGUUCAAAGCUUCUUUGAACAAGGCAAGAGAGCAUCUAGAAGGUGUCAAGAAGGAGGCAGGAAGAGAGAGGCAGGCUAGGAUGAUCGUGCUAGUCUCGCCAAACAAUCCCACGGGAACGGUGUAUACGCAUCGAGAGAUCAAGGAAUGGUACGAGCUUGCCAAGGAACAUCACCUUGCUCUCGUUUUGGAUGAGACGUAUAGGGACUUUGUUGAGGAUGGAGAAGACCAGGGCAAGAGGGGUCAGCCGCAUGCGCUGUUUGAGGAGCCAGACUGGAGAGGAACCCUGGUUUCUCUGGGCAGUUUCAGCAAGGGCUACAGGAUCCCUGGCCAUAGGCUGGGUACGAUCACUGCCAGCCCUGAGCUUUUGAAGCACAUCACAACGAUCUGUGACUGUAUGCAGAUCUGCGCCCCGCGUCCACCCCAGCUGGCACUAGCCCCACUCCUCCCCUCCCUCCGCCCCGACCUUCUCUCUUCAUCAAGUCAACUAGCCCACCGCCGCCGCCUAUUCCACUCCACAGUCGAAGCCGCCCCCGGCUGGUCUGUCAUCGCUUCCGGUGGCUUCUUCGCUUACGCCCAGUUCCCUCAAGAGUAUAUCCACGCCUCGAGCGUUUUGGGGCUGAAGAGGAAGAGGUUGGGAAGUGAAGAUGUGGCUAGGAUCUUGGCGACCAAGUGUGGGGUGGUGACUCUCCCGGGAAGCUUCUUCAUGCCUACUGUUGGAGAUGAUGAGGCUUGGGAUGAAGUGGUAGGGGGAGAGGUGGUGAGAGAGGAUAGAUGGUUGAGGUUUGCAGUGGCCAAUGUCGAGGAUGAAGUGGUCAUCUCACUUGGACCGAGGCUGAGGCAGAUGAACAAGCUUAUGGGGGUCGCGGAGGAAGAGCUAGAUCAAUAG